CUGUCCAGAAAUCCAUAUAAUGUAAAACACCUGACAUGAGAAGCCCAUUGGAGGAUAUUUUAGGGUCUUGAAUGUCAACAAACAUUUCAAAGUCUCCAGUUUCACUAUGUGUUGCUCUUGUAGUGAAUCCUUGCUGCUUCCUUGUAUGUACUGGGGAGGCCAUAUAAGGCAGGAGAUCUGUGUUGGACCUUGAGACCUGGGUCCCAUGCUAGACACAGAGGAGUGCAGCAUGUAGUUUAUAGUGAAAAAGGAGGAAGAUAAGAUCUCUGUUUGGGUUUGGAGUUCAAGUCCUGUCACGGGAUCCUCGAGUGAGCAGGAUUCAUGGUGCAAGGAGAGGAGUGAGCAAGGUGGGAGUUGUUUGAAAAUGCGCAUCUGAGGUGUAGAGAUACACCGAGAAAGUUGACAUUUCACGACAACACAACUUUCAUUUUCACGGAUGAAUUGGCCUGUGCAGGUCACGGGAGACCGAGGAUGACCUGAAGAAGAUUGUUACUGGGAGCACGCGAAGGAGUGACGUACUUCACAAGCUUCUGUUUGAUAGACUCGUCUGACUGUUGAUGGAUCCAUGUGGCGUUGAACGUGAAAACACCGGCUAAGCUCUCUCUCUCCAAUUCUAACUAUCUCUCUCCAAUUCUAACUCUCCCUCUUGCACUGCUCAGCUGUUAUUUCCUCGCGCGCCACAGCUCUAGUAUCAGUUACCGGGUCCCGACCAAUCCCGGCGCGCUGUCAGAGCUCGAGAGGAGACAGCAGCGGAGAGCAGAGCGGAGAGAAGCAGACAGAGAGGGGGGAGAAAGCGAGAGGUGCACACACCCAACCAUCUCUCUAUCUCUCCGUCCAUCCAUCGUCUGUCCUCCGUCAACCCCCUCCCGACACACAGACAACAACUCCCUCCCUCCUCUUCUCCUCCUCCCCUCACCCGCCAGGUCCUCCUGACUGCAGCUGUUUGGGUCAACCAGAGAGGCGCAAGGCAGGAUGCGCGAUGGGACAAGCGUGCGGACACGCGCUCCUCUGUCGUAGCCAGCCACCGUCCUCCGAGAUACGUGGUCAGCAAGUGUUUCUGCGUCCUGAGGAGAGUUCAGCUCCAGCCCUGAAUACAAGACAGUCCACCACGCUGUCUGAGCAACUCCAGGAUGCUUUGCUGCGGCUGGCGGCGGUUGUCGACUCGCGCUCACUGCGAGCGAUCCUUCGAGACAGCAUACAGGAGCUGCUACCCAGCACGGAGUGUGUAUGUUUCUACAUCCUGGAUGGAGACUCCAGGCUGCUAUCAGAAGACCCGCCUCAUGAACUGCCACCGGAGGGAAAGAUCAGGAAUAUUGUGGACCAGCUGAAGCGAUGUCAGAGUGCCGGCCUUCCUCCACCCGAACUGCCGGAGAAAUACAGAAUCUACCUGGCAGCACCGUUACCUGCACACAGACGAGCUGUUGUCAUUCCCAUUCUGGACCAAGAGCGGGACAAGGCCAUCGCUGUCUUACUGGUGGGCUGUAAUCCACUCUCUGAUCAGGAUGAAGUACAUCUUAACACGCUGGAAAAACAUGCAUCAGUGGCAUGUGUACGAGUCCAGGCUGUUAACUCGUCCUACCAUAGGCCUCCACUCAGCCCGUCUCCUAUACAGUCCCACAAUGCACUGCUGCACCUCAACGUCUCAGAGCAGGACUACUCCGAGCUGGACCGCAACAUCCUGCAACUUUGUGGUGAGCUCUUUGACCUUGAUGCAGCCUCUCUCCAGCUCAAAGUUAUCAAUUAUCUGCAGGAGCAGACUCACUCACAGUGUUGUUGUUUGCUGCUAGUGUCUGAAGACAACCAUCAGCUUUUCUGUCAGGUAGUUGGAGACAAAGUCCUGGAGGAGGAGAUGAGCUUCCCGCUGAUGUUUGGACGCUUUGGACAGGUUGUUGAGAAGAAGAAGUCUAUUUCCCUUCAGGACAUCAGUGCUGAGGAACGAAGGCAGCUGUCCAGUAUGCUGGGUUGUGAGAUCUCCUCCCUGCUCUGUGUACCAGUGGUCAGCAGGGCCACCGGUCAGGUGGUGGCGCUAGCAUGUGCCUUCAACAAACAGGGUGGACACAGACACACAGAGGCAGAUGAGUAUGCCAUCCAGCACUGUUUCUGCUACACUUCAACAGUCCUCACUUCAACUUUGGCCUUCCAGAAAGAACAGAAACUCAAAGUGGAGUGCCAGGCGCUCUUACAAGUGGCCAAGAAUCUCUUCACACACUUGGACGAUGUGUCGGUGCUGUUACAGGAAAUUAUAGUGGAGGCCAGGAACCUCAGUGAUGCAGAGAUCUGUUCGGUGUUCCUGCUGGAUCGUGAUGAGUUGGUGGCGAAGGUGUUUGAUGGGGGCGUGGUUAGUGAUGAAGAGAAGGAGUUUCGUAUCCCAGCAGAUCAGGGUAUUGCAGGUCACGUGGCCACCACCGGUCAGAUCUUGAACAUUAAGGAUGCCUACUCCCACCCUCUCUUCUACCGCGGCGUGGACGACAGCACCGGUUUCAGGACCCGUAACAUCCUCUGCUUCCCAAUCAAAGACGAGAACAACGAGGUGAUCGGUGUAGCUGAGUUGGUGAACAAAAUGAACGGCCCGUGGUUCAAUCGCUUCGAUGAGGACCUGGCAACGGCUUUCUCCAUCUACUGUGGGAUCAGUAUUGCCCAUUCCCUGCUGUAUAAGAAAGUCCAUGAAGCUCAGUUCAGGUCCCACCUGGCCAAUGAAAUGAUGAUGUACCAUAUGAAGGUGUCAGAGGAAGAGGUGUCUAAGCUGCUGGUCACGGGGGUCGAACCAGUGAAGGAGAUCCACUCGUGUUUCGCCGAGUUCACAUACCAACCUCGCUCGCUGUCUGAUGACACCACACCUUUGUGCGUCCUCAGCAUGUUUGAAGACAUGGGCUUUAUCAACAGGUACAAGAUCGACGUGCCCACGCUCGCCAGGUUCUGUCUGAUGGUGAAGAAAGGCUACAGGGACCCUCCUUAUCACAACUGGAUGCAUGCCUUCUCUGUGUCACACUUCUGCUACCUGCUUCACAAAAACCUAGGGCUGUCCAACUACCUCGAGGAUAUAGAGAUUCUAGCUCUCUUUGUCUCCUGUAUGUGCCAUGACCUGGACCACCGUGGCACCAACAACUCUUUCCAAGUCGCCUCACAAUCUGUGCUGGCUGCUCUGUACAGCUCAGAGGGAUCUGUGAUGGAGAGACAUCACUUUGCCCAGGCCAUCGCUAUUCUGAACACCAUUGGCUGCAACAUCUUUGAGAAGUUCUCUAGAAAGGACUACCAGCGAGUGCUGGAUUUGAUAAGAGACAUCAUUCUGGCGACAGACCUGGCUCACCACCUACGCAUUUUCAAAGACCUGCAGAAGAUGGCUGACGAUGGAUACAACCCAAAAAGCCGUUCUCACCGUACACUGCUGCUUUGCCUGCUGAUGACAUCAUGUGACCUGUCAGACCAAACCAAGGGCUGGAAAACUACGCGCAAGAUUGCUGAGCUAAUCUACAAAGAGUUCUUCUCUCAAGGAGAUCUGGAAAAAGCCAUGGGGAACAGGCCCAGCGAGAUGAUGGACAGAGAGAAAGCGUACAUCCCAGAACUACAGAUCAGCUUCAUGGAACAUAUCGCCAUGCCUAUUUACAAGCUGCUCUCUGAACUGUUUCCUGGGGCCACUGAGCUGUACGAGAGAGUGGCGGCAAAUCGGGAGCAGUGGACCAAAGUGUCCCAUAAGUUCACCAUCCGAGGGUUGCCAAGCAACAACAGCCUAGACUUCCUGGAUCAGGAAUAUGAGCUGCUGCAGUCCCAGGGUGCUUUCGGGAGCGACGACCACUGCCUCAACGGUUGCCUUCAUGAUGGAGAAGGAGGGAGGGGUUCAAGGGACAAUUUGACAAUCACUCAUCAAUGACAACUGGCCAUACCACCUCACUCCAUUCAUGAAACAUGAAACACACACACCUUCAGCAUACUAACUGUAUACCAUCGAUUGAGUUUCCACUAUACUCCAGAUAAAGGCCUCUCAUGACCUAAAAGACAACUUUUGUUUCUUUGGCUCAUCCAUCUUUCCCCCUCCUUUGCACUGUUCUUACUCCUUCAAUUUGUAUCUUUGGUUUUGUUUUGUUUACAGAUUUCCUCAUCAACAACUUUAGAUAGAGAUUAACCGAAGCCCUUUAAAAGAUCCAUCUCAUCUGUUGGUGUAAAUGUGCCAGAGUACAGUGUGUUAUAUGGAGUGUGUCACUGAGUGUGUCAUAUGGAUCUGCCUUAUUGCGCAUCUUUGCUGCCUUUCUUAGAGCUUUUAUUAUAUGAAAAAUGAAAUAAAGAGUCUGUUUGGUAUGUAUGUUGUAUAUUUGUUAUAGACAUAGAUUGAGUAUCAAAGUGUUGAAUGAAUGAUCACCAUGCUCAGAAGAUGUAUAUUUGUGAUAACCCUGUGUGAAGACCUCAGAUGUCAUGUCAUUCUUCUGCUUUCUAUUUUAAUUGAUGUACAAAAUCAUCAGGUUGAUAUUUGGGCAGACACAACAGCUUUUCUUUUUUCGGUUUUCAGUACACUCAAAAAGUGUUUUUAAGAAGGAACGAGAGAUGUAGCCGUUAUAGAAAUUACUCUUUCCUGAAAGUAUCAAUCGUUUUUUCUUGCUGCAUCCCAAAGGAAAUGUUUGAAAAUCUUGAGUUAAGUUCUCAGAUCGUGCCUCAUGUUCAGAAAAAAAAAAUCACUGACAGUUUUUAGUGGCUUUUGGGGUUUCUGUUACAAUCUGCUAUUAUUUUUUUAGACUUGCAAAUUUUAAAACCGCCAUGCUGCAGAGUAAGGGUUAGACAAACAGAAUAGAUCCGAGAGGAGAAAUUUGUGUAAAGAAAACCACUGAACUGUUGGUAGGCUGUGUAGUGAGGGGUGAAAGAGAGAGAGAGAGAGAGAGAGAGAGAGAGAGAGACAGAGACAGAGAAUGAGUGGAUGGAUGAGGGGGAGUUUUGAUGAGAGAGAGAUAAAGAGAGGAGGUGGGGGAUAAGAUGUAGGCAUUCAUUUUGGGUACAUAAAAUCAUUACAAAGGUAAUAGAAAUCAUGCAAACCUCAAGAGAUCCGUUAGAUUUUCUCAAAUUAUUAUUUAUUUUAUACAGCUUUGAUAAUGGUAUUGAAGCUAGAUGAAACACAAAAAUAUUAAAUUCAGACUAUUUAAACAUAUAAUUUCUGCAUGAAAGGCUCUCUGGAGGGUGCAUUGGUAGGGAAAGUGAAUUGGUUAGCAAAGUGGUUUGAUGUAUGUAUUAUGCCUACAGAAGGAUAUGCAUUAGUGUGACUGGGUGAAAUUGUUUGAUCUGCCUUAGUGGGCUUUAUGGACUGAUUUUUUUUACGAUUAGUUUCAUAAAGGGUGUGCAGUUGUUUGAAGAGGAGCCACUCUCUCCCUCUUCCUCAUGCUCUUUCUCCCACAUGUGUUUUUUCAAUUUCUGUUAUAAUUAUUCAACCACUGUUUUUAUACGUACCUGCCUUUUUCAUGUGCAAUAUGAAGUGUCUGCCUCCGUGUCGUUGCAUAGAUUCCUAUGUAAAUACCUAUGCCUCUUGUUAAAUUAUUAUUUUACUUCUGAGUUCCCAAAUGCAUCAGAGUGUGUUCAAGAUGUUUCCAUUGAAAAAAAUCAAAUGUCUGUGGUAAAUUAAUCCUAAACUGCUUUAGAGAGUCAAGACCUAGGACAGUUUUGUAUUUUGAGUGUGUAUCUGUCCCUCUAUGUUUGUUUUAGAGUCAGGGCUACAUGUGCCAAGCAAACAUUGUCUACUUCCUGGCCAAGCUGCAAAGUGAAAAACUUAACUUUUAAUUAUUUUCUGUUUCCUUUUGUGUGAGUGAAGUGGAGGGCUGCGUUCACAGGAAGCUUUUCUGAUACCUUAUGACCAGGUCUGAAAUUGGGACUCAUUCAGGAAGUGUGAACCUUAUCGAUAUUUCCCGUCAUCACAGAGCAGUGGGACUCUAAACUGUGAUGUAAUAUCAUUGUAAUGAUCACUUGUGAGAUAACUGUUAAAAGUGGCAAAAAUAUAAUUGCUGUAAAUAUCAAAGUUUUAAAAGAAAAUGUUAUUUGAUUGUCUGUCAUUAUUAAAAUGGGAAGUGUUUCAAUUCUGUAAUGUAUUUAAAGUGGUGGCAUUUCUCUUCUCUUUUUUUAAAUGCCAUUUUUGAACAACCUCAAGCAGAAACAUUGAGACGGAGAGUAUAAAAGAGAACUAUCUGUGUAUUUUGGAUAUACAUAUGAUAUUGUGCCACAAAUGAGAACCCAAACUAAUCUGAGAUGUACACAUUAGGACUAAAUCUAGCCAUCUGUUUAUUAUUUGUUUUGUUGAGUUCUGAGUGCCGAUUGUCUUGUUCUAUUUCAGAUGUAAUGAACAAGAACAUUUUUGACAGGAAGACAAAUGGAUGAUUUUUUUUUCUUUCUUGGAAUAAAUCUUGUGAAAUAGU